CUAACCACAAUAGUGCUGCGAAGGCAUUAGAGUUUGUAAAGCUACCCGGUGCUAACCCCACCACACUAACCUCCACUCGUAGUCCUCGAAUCAAAGAUAACCUAAAACUAUUCGACCUGCCCACUCUUCAUCAUGCUUCUUAUACUUAUUCUUUCUGUAUUCCUCAUCACCACACCCCAUAUUACUGCUCUUCUCAGCUUCUUCAGGAGCAAGACAACUCCUGUGCUCUGCAGAAUUUUGUCUGCGUCUAUUAUUCAACACACGAGCGUAUCCAUUACUCUAAAUCCAACAGUACAACAGUCGACAUGGGUUCCAUAACAAAUGCCGGCGACAACUCUAAGGUGGAUGUCCUUGUCGUUGGUGCUGGCCCAGCUGGCAUGAUGGCCGUCACUUGGUUCGCGCGGUGUGGAAUCAAGGCCAAAAUCGUCGACAAGCGUGGCACCAAGAUCUAUAACGGCCAGGCCGAUGGGUUGCAGUGUAGGACCUUAGAGAUCCUCGAUUCCUUCGAGUUUGCCGACCGCGCAUGGAAGGAGGGCAACCAUAUGCUCGAGAUCUGCCUCUGGAACCCCGGACGGGAUGGUGUCAUCCGGCGCUCAGAUCGCAUCCCAGAUACUAUCCCCGGCAUUUCGAGGUUUCAACAGCUCGUUCUUCACCAAGGCCGUAUCGAGCGCUUCUUCCUCGAUUCGCUCAAGGACCACAGCGAUAUUCGCGUGGAACGCGGCGUGUUACCCCAGUCGUUAACAUUUGAUGAGUCAAAGGCGGAAGAUGAUGAUGCCUAUCCUAUCAAAGUCACCCUUAAGCAUCUAACGGAGGAUGAAAUCAAUCCUCCACAAAGCAAUGCAACAAAAUGCGGAGCAGCACCCUCCGAUGGUCUUUACCGUAGCAACAUGGCUCCAGAUGAUACCGAAGAACUCCUGAACAAGACCGCCAACGACAAGGUAGGCACACAAGAGACCAUUCAGGCAAAAUAUAUGAUAGGAUGCGACGGUGCACACUCCUGGACGAGAAAGCAGCUUGGAUACACUCUCGAUGGUGAACAAACUGAUUACAUCUGGGGUGUUUUGGAUAUUAUCCCAAUCACCGACUUCCCUGACAUUCGCCAGAGAUGCGCUAUUCACUCGGCAAAUUCUGGAUCAGUCAUGGUCAUCCCACGUGAAAACAAACUUGUCCGCCUGUACAUUCAAAUGACCACAACUGAAAAGGGAGGAGAGCCCGUCGACAGAACCAAUAUCACCCCGGCCAUGAUCUUAGAGUGUGCCAACCGCACGCUUGCACCGUACAAGCUCAGCUACGAGUACUGUGACUGGUGGACAGCAUAUCAGAUCGGUCAAAGAGUUGGCUCCAACUUCUCCAAGAACGAGCGUAUCUUCCUUGCCGGUGACGCGGUUCAUACCCAUUCUCCAAAGGCUGGCCAGGGGAUGAAUGUCAGCAUGCAAGACACCUACAACCUAUGCUGGAAGAUCUCAGCGGUUUUGAACGGCACCGCAGACCGACGAAUUUUGAAGACGUACCAAUCGGAGAGGAGACGUAUCGCACAAGAUUUGAUUGCAUUCGACCACAAGUUCUCCCGUCUCUUCUCUGGACGUCCAGCAAAGGAUAUGAUGGAUGAGGCCGGUAUCAGCAUGGAGGAAUUCAAGAACGCCUUCGAGAAGGGCAACUUGUUCGCUAGCGGCGUGGCUGUUGACUACGGAGCAAGUUUAAUUGUUGCUAAGGACGGUAGCAGUAUUGAUCAGGGCGACGGUACUGACGUGGGAGUUAUCAAUUCUAAACGCGCUGUCAGCAAGCAACAGCUCGCUACCAAUGUAAAGCUCGGCAUGCGAAUGCCCAGCUUCAAGGUCCUCAAUCAGUCCGAUGCUCGCCCAUGGCACUUCCAGGAGAUCCUACGAAGCACUGGUCAGUGGAGACUCGUCGUCUUCGCCGGCGAUGUUUCGGACAAGGGACAGAUGAGCCGAGUGCAGAAGUUGGGCGAGACCCUCGCGGCUAACGAUUCCUUUAUCUCGCGCUUCACUCCCGCUAGCAAGCCGAUCAACUCUGUGAUCGAGAUCUUGACCAUCCACAGCGCGCCACGUGCGUCCACCGAGCUCCACGAUUUCCACGAUAUUUUCCACCCAUACUCGAAACGUGACGGCUGGGACUACUGGAAGAUCUACGCAGACGACAUUUCGUACCACGAGGGCCACGGAAAGGCCUAUGAGAACUACGGUGUUGACAAGAAGAAGGGUUGUGCAGUUAUCCUGCGUCCGGAUCAGUAUGUUUCGUGGGUAGGAGAGCUUGAGGAUGUUCAGGAUAUGGAUAGGUUCUUCUCAGGAUUUAUGAAGAUGUAGAAUUAAACGUUUCUUUUAGGAUAAAUAACGAAG